GAGACGCUUGGAUGUACAGAAUGGGGAAUCUGACGUGCAUCUGGGCGGAACUCAGGUCUACAUUCACAUUCACACGGAGUAUCGGGAUACCAUUACCUGAAAAAAGAACAACGAUGUACCUCGGUCUUUCCUCCACACCACCUGUACUCCAAGAUUUUUUUUUCUUUCCCUCGUGUAGAAUCGCCUUCUCGUAUCCCUACUCACCCACAUCACCAAACCAUACUGUCCCCCGCUCCAUACGUGCACCUCACGCCAUCCAACAACCGUUCCCUUUCCCACCAUCUCACGUGUAUCGUAUCCCUAAGCAUCCCCCCCCCCUUCCUCUCCCAAAAAAACACUUGUCAACUACUAUUCCAUUCCCGUUUCCCCUUCCAUAACCUAUACCUCGUAAUCCCACAACCCAUAGUCAAUAGUGCAAUCUCCUCGUAUCCUCAUCCCCCAUUACCAAAACAGGCUACAAAUAACCCCUAACCCAAUCUCGUCAUCCAUCCCCCACAACUAAAUCACCGAACAAAACGAUGACUCCGUACUUACGUGCACGCGCUUUAUGCUCCACCCCCCCCCUCGCCCCUUCGCCCUGAGAGAAAGAGGUAGAGAAAGAAGGGGGAGGGGGGAAAGUG